UUUCAAUCCAAGCCGAGCGCGAGCCAAAUAGGAGUGUGUGUGCUUCCAAUGCCUUUGGUGCUUCACGAUGUGUGCUACCACCGUGGUGUGUGCGCGAAUUCAUAGAAAGUAGCGGCAUGUAGCGGUCUGUGCCCUUAACGUUUUUGACCUAGUGAUUUGUUAUUGUAUCCCGCAUUUCUCGCUGCAGAAAACUGUGGGCCACCAGCGCAUUCGCAGCGUUAAAAAGACUGCGAAAGCACUGCUGGAUAACGAUUCCAUUGCCCUUCCAUGUGCGUCUUUCGGUGACGUAGUAGCCCUUCGACACCGCCAGCCAUGGGCAAGAAGCGUUCCAGGCCAGAGCCAGAAAAGAAGGACGAAGAAUCCGACCGGCCCAGUACCUCGAAGGAGCCGUCGACGAGCUCCAAGCAACAGUCCGUCCAGCAGCAGUCGCAGCAGCAGUCGCAGUCCGCGGCUUCGGCCUCGACCAAAAGCAAGCCGCGCGUUUGGAAGAGCCUGAAGCAGGUAGUGACGGCGGAGCGCCUGCAACCGGGAGCGUACGCAGCGCUCGAGGCAGCGCCGUCAUUGCGCCCCUGGCGCAAGUACUCGGACAUGACCGGCCUGGUGGCACCGUACACGGACCCGAAGACCAAGCUGCGCUACGCAAACCGUCACGAAUACGCGCGGCUGCGCCUGCUCACCGCCGACCAGGUCAACGGUUAUUUGGUGCUCAGGAGGGCUGCUCUGCCAGUCACGUAGGAUGACAUGACUGUCCAUGCACUCUUGCCGAUUUCCCGUGGCGUAUCAUCGAACCCGUGUUCACCGUUCGCCCGUAGGAAACGCUUAAUUUAAUCGAAUGACCUGACAUGAAAUCCGCCGGAGUAUACGCUCACGGUGCGUCAGCCUGUGAGAAGCUGUCGUUUUGUUACAAAGGCGUGCUUCAACCGACCUUGAGCUGUCUGGUGGCGCGCCCUGCCUUCCGGGAGUCGAUAUAAAGCGCUUCACAUUUUGCAGUAUAAUAACUGUGCAUUGGCUUGCCUCGGCCUUAAUCGCACUGUGUAGUUGGCACCCGUGAUCACGACAUAAGUAAACAGAGGAGGUAAUACACAUAUAGUGCAGAAGAACAAGACACAUGCAGAAAAUGCAUAGCAAGCCUAACGCUAAGCUGUGCUUCUCUGCCCCUUGUGCUGUAGUCAUGCAUACCAUGUAAGGAUGUCAUCCAGCCUGCCUGUCAAUAUUAGGAACACUCUGGCCUUAUUCAGUUGACAGAUCUGUGCUCGCAUCACCGUGUUAUGCUCUAUAUGUGGAUGUUUGAGGUACAGUAACUUCGACGCUUUUUAUUCACUUACAAGCCCACUGCAAUGCAUUUUGGACAGUUAUUUCCAGUGGCCAAUAAGAUGUGAGAUCAGCUCCUUUCUUUCAUUGCUGAACACAUUCUUUUGUGUUCCUUGCUUUGAGAACUACGAUAUGGUUCCAUGCCUCGCUCACCUGGUGGGAUGCUUGUAAGCGGUCAGCUCUGCAAAUAAACUUGCCUUCAGGUUGUGUUGAAAGAUGUGAGAGAGAAGUGCGCCAACAUUACAUACUGUAGUGUAUGAUCAGCAGGCCCUUUCCGAAAUGUAUCCGCUGUAGUAGCUAAGCAGCGCUACACAGUUUCGCUGCUUAGCUCCAGGUCAUGGGUUCGAUGCUGAUGGCAUUUUGAUACAGCUGAAAUGCAAGAAUGCUUGUGUACUUAGUUAUAAGUUCACGUAAAAGAACCUCAGGUGGUCAGAAAUUAAUCUGGAAUCUCCCACAAUGGCAUGCCUCGCAAUUAGAUUGUGGUUGAGGCACGUAAAAUCCGAGAACCCUUUAAGUACUGGCAAAAACCCAGAAAUGCAUUCAGAAAAUGUUAUUUUGUUUUAUUGUGCAUCUGGAUAGCAAAUUAUUCGCAGAUUUAAAGUAUAUUAUGACUUGAGGGUAGCAAAUUCACAACUUGUGCCUAAAUAUGCACAAAUUUAGAACAAGGCGGUGUUGGCAGUAGGUUCCUUCCAUGUAACUUCGUUAGGUGAGUCACUAGGUGUGUCAAUAGCACAGAAAACACCGCCUUCGCUAUCUAUGCUUUUAUGGUGAAGCAACUAAUCUUGACACACUAAAACGAAAGCUGCGCUUUCAUGGUGGGCCCGUAAACACGCGACUGCCAGCGACAAUUUUUAUAUCUCUACUGGAUAAACAUAAAUGAACAGAGUCUGCAGGACCCCCAACGGCCAGAGGAAACUAGCCAAAACGUCGAGUGGAUUGGAGCAGCCCAGCCCGUUAUUGGCACUUGGACGGAGCACCCAAGCCAGUGAUUAUUGAAAGAAAAAUUGUAACCGAGUAAGACUCGUCCACAGCACCUAAAGGGUUAAUUAAAAAAAGUUCCAAAUGUAUCGUUCUGUUUACUGUGCUGUAGUGUUCACACAAAGGACAAAAUAAAUGAAACAAGAACAUGUGUG